AUGCGUUUCUCCGUGUCAAGAGAAACGCUAUUAGAUCAGUGUGCGACUCCUGCGAGUGCAGACGACAAGGUUUACCAAGUACCGUGUAGUCAACGUGCUUGUUCAUUGUUUACAUUAGUUUCAUUGUUUUUAAUUUGGCUAAUGGCUUUUCAAGUGUGGAGAUUAUUUGGAACGCAAAAGAGUGCUGUCUUGUCGACCAUGGGAAGUGCAGUGACCAAACAAUUCUCUCCUCUCACUCCAAGUGUUCACCAUAAUCAGUUCCUUCCUUCAGGGAAGUUAAUAGUAGCUGCUGCCUCUGCGUCGCUCUUUGUUCUCUACAGGAGAUUUUCUACAUCACAUAAGAGUUUGGAGGCUAAACGAUGCGAUGUGGUGCUGGUGACUGGAUGCGACUCUGGCAUUGGCUACAGUGCAGCAAAGCAUUGCCAUAAUCUGGGCUUCAGUGUUGUAGCUUCAGUCAUUGAUUUACAAAGUGCUGGAGCUAUGUCACUCAGAAAAUUGGACAACAAAUGUAUGUCAGUCAUCAAAUUGGAUCUCAAAAACUCUUCAGAUAUCAGUUCUUGUGUAGAACAUGUGAGGAGUCUCAUUGCAGAAAACUCAGAUUACAGACUCCAUGCUAUCGUCAAUAAUGCUGGAAUAAUGAUUUUCGGAGAACUGGAAUGGCAAGUUGAAGAUAUGAUUCGAAAUCAGAUCGAAGUGAACUUAUUGGCACCAAUUUACUUGACAAAGUCUUUCAUGCCAUUAUUAAGAAAGCAUAAAGGGCGUGUGAUCAAUGUAUCUAGUCACUGUGCAUUGGAAGCCCUGCCUGGUUUAUCUUCAUACUGUGCUAGUAAAGCUGGGCUGCAAGCAUUCAACAAUUCUCUGAGAGUGGAAUGUGCCAAGUUCGGAGUUGGAGUAAUCUCACUAGUUCCAGGCUCCUUCUUCGACCAGACAAAGAUACUCAGUAAGCAACCAGAACACGCAUCGAGGAUGCACGAAGGCAUGAGUGCCGAAUGCAAGGACUUCUACGGCGAGUACUUCCACGUGUAUCACAGCUAUCUGGCAGCAGUGAGCAAUUUGCAGCGCAAUGAAACUGUCAAGGAAGUGGACGAUGCAAAUUUGUACAGAAAUUUCACCGAUGCAUUAACGUCCAUUAAUCCCAAAGCGCUGUACAAGAACAGUCCUUGGUACUAUGAGGCUCACCAUCUGUUGUUCAAAGUGUUGCCCACAUCAUGGAGGGAUCAGCUUGUCGUCAGGUUCAUGCGGAUGCCCAAGUUUCAGGUGUCGGCUUCUUGAUUGCAAUUGCCAAAGUAGGAUAAUACAGGUAUCGUUUUCAAUGUCCAGGUUACUCAUGAUGAGUUAUUCAUAGCAAAAAUAGGAAACUACGACCGAUCUAUUUAUGAUAUUUAUGAGUGAUUUUUGAUCAGCACUAUUGGUACCCUAUUUUCUAUUUCCAUCCUAAACGUAUUUAUUUAUGUAUCGAUUACACAUAAUACAUUCUAUUUUUACAAUUACUAUAUAGAUUAAUAAUUGAAUUGCAUUACUAUUUUAUAAUUCGACAAUAAAAUUUUAUACUUUUUUAAA